GGUGAUGUGCGACAAAUUGUCCCUUCCCCGAUUUAACUUGGGAUCUAGUAGAAACCGCCACUUGACCGUUGCCGUCCUCUUAGUCAGACAAAAGCAUCUUGCAAAGAAUCAAAGAACGAAUCACACCGACGUAUCACAGUCACACAAGUGCUAACCCCGGAUAAGUUAGAAAGGGCAAAGCCUCCAGAGAGAAAGGGAGAAGAGAGGGAGAAAGAAUAGCUCAUGCAGUUUCGACCUCCUCCUCGCACGUCCUCAUCUCUCCUCACUUGAUGUCCAAUUCCAUUCUCAAGCUGCGCCACCUGAAAUCGCGGGAUGCUCCUUCCACCGCCGCCGCAGCCUCACGCACACGAUGCGAGGCCACACGGUCCACGGUGACGCUGCAGCUCGGAACUUCAACAACCACCCUAACGGCGAAGGCGAAGAAGAAGAUCAGCUACGAGAUCGAGAACCUGACAACGUGGCUGUUGAAGCAGGAGCAGGCAGGCCGCAUUGACGCGGAGCUGACCAUAGUGCUCUCGAGCAUCUCCUUGGCCUGCAAGCAGAUCGCGUCGCUGCUUCAGCGGUUGAGCAUCAUCAACCUCACCGGAGCUCAGGGCACCAUCAACAUCCAAGGGGAAGAUCAGAAGAAGCUCGAUGUCGUGUCCAAUGAGGUGUUCUGCAAUUGCUUAAGGUCGAGUGGAAGGACGGGGAUCAUAGCAUCGGAGGAGGAAGAUGUACCUGUCGCCAUAGAAGAGACCUACUCGGGAAGCUACGUCGUCGUCUUUGACCCUAUUGACGAAUCCGCCAAUAUCGACACUGCAUUGACCACGGGAUCCAUCUUCGGCAUUUACGGCCCGGACGAGCAAUGCCUCUUGGCUGACGACGACGACUACUCAAUGCCCACAGUAACUCUCGACCAAGCUAAAGAGAGGUGCAUCACCAGCGUCUGCCAACCGGGCAGCAACUUGCUGGCAGCCGGUUAUUGCCUCUACUCUAGCUCGGUAGUCUUCACGCUCUCAAUAGGGAACGGGGUGUAUGCUUUCACCUUAGAUCCUGCAUACGGUGAAUUCGUGUUGACACAUGAGGACAUCAAGAUACCAAAAACAGGUAAAAUCUACUCGUUCAAUGAGGGGAACUACAACCUGUGGGACGAGAAAUUGAAGAGCUACCUCAACCAUCUCAGGCAGCCAGGCUCCAAUGGCAAGUCCUAUUCUGGCCGUUACAUUGGAUGCCUCGUCGGAGAGAUCCAUCGGAUGCUGCUGGUUGGUGGAAUAUAUGGGAACCCCAAGAACAAUAACGCUAAGAAUGGGAAUCUGAGGCUUCUGUACAAGUGUGCACCAAUGAGCUAUAUGGUCGAACAAGCCGGAGGAAAAGCAACCGAUGGCAUCCAGAGAAUACUCGACAUCAAACCAGAAAAGAUCCACCAGCAGACACCAAUAUUUGUCGGAAGCCCAGAUGAAGUGGACAAACUACAGAAAUACUUGGCUUGAGUCAGGUGCCUCCCUUGUGGAGUAUUAUUAUACAGACUCAGUUUGUCGUUGAUAUGGUUGGCAUAAGAUGUUGCAUCAUAAAGCAAGGAAGUCCGGGAAUUAGCGAGCAACCCCAAGUGCUUGAAGUGGCCUCAAGUGGGUUGAAUUUCGUUAAAGGUGGCAAGUCUUAGAAUUGUAAAAGCAAGGUGAGAGC